AACCACCUGGAAUGACAUUCAUUGACACACAAUAAAAAUGAAUCGAAACAUUUUUAUAGUUGCACUAUUUGCUGUGUCUGGUAUUCAUUGCCGCAGCAUUUUUAUACCAUUUGAAUCGUUUGCACCGUACGACGAGCAAAGUGGACAGUUUAAUCAUUUACUGAAACGGGAAAAGAAACAGACGGAAAAUCCAUCCGAAUUCGAACAAGAUUCAGUCGCUGAUGCAUUUAACUUUCAUCCAUUAUUUGCUGAAAGAGAUAAACCAUUAUCAAAGACACCAGUUUUACAAGCUUCAAACGUUUUUGUUCCUGGUCCAAUUUUACCAGCAGCGGCAAAUUCAUUAAAUGAGCAUCAACAAAACGACUUUGAUAAUGUUCAUCGCCACGAACAACGUCCAUUCGAAGUGCAAAACUCUGCAAUACCAUCACUUUUUCCAGACCUUCCAAACCCAAACGAUGUGAUGAAGAAGCUACGCUCAAUGUUUGAUAACAGUCAAUUUGUUGGUGAGAAACUACUAUCAAAUGAUCCAAAAUCAUCACUUCGAACAUAUUCAUCGGAGUAUCCCGUGCAGUAUAACUCAAAAUAUGAACGAAACUAUGGGUCAGCAUAUGGAGCUCCUCAAUCAAUUCCACAGCCACAGUAUGAACAGUCGUUCGUUCCAAUUUCGCCAAAUUAUGAACCGCCUCAAUAUGCACCACAACAAUAUGCACCACCAUCGUCAUGUGGAUCGAAUUUACUUAUUGGUUGUCGGCCUCAAGUACAAAGCGUUCCGUGUUUCUCUCAACAAUCGUAUAGUCCGCCAGUUGCCUACGACAUUCGGCCAAAUCCAGUCGAAUAUAUCCCGCGACCAUCAUACAGACCCAACUACAAUCGGCCAUCAUAUCCAUCAUAUCCAUCUUCGUCGCCGUAUAAUGCACCGAUCAAACCAGACAUCAAUCCACCAAAUUCGCCAGCAUAUCAUUCUGCUCCUGUUCAUCCACCUUCUCUUGAUGUCUAUUCACAACCUGGCCCACCCUAUCCGGAACCGAUUCUAUCGUCAGUUCACAAUCCAACCGAAGCACAAGAGCAACUGGAAGAUGAGGAAAGGACGACAACUAAGUUACGACAAGACAGCGAACCCGAACCAAGUAACAUUGAGAAGAAGACCGAUGCGUGCGAAACUAAUCGUGAGAGUAUAACAAGUGCAAUUAAUCCGAUGACAGAAUCAACGACAUCACCAAUUGAUGGCGGAACAACACUUAGGUCAUCAACUGAAGAUCAAAUUCGUCGAUUGCAUGAAAAACUCGACACCCAUGUGGAAAAUAUACAAAAAUUCAAAGAGGAGGCAGAAAAGAAAUUACGCUUUGCAAUUGAAAGAUCAAGUAUUAGUUCGUCGGACGACUCCGAUGAAAUAAAUAGUGUUUUUGGUGAGCCAAUGAGGUUUGCAAAACGACACAUAAAUCGUGACCACAUUUAUAACUCCGUUUGGUAGUUUAACUGGCAUAAAUGAUGAAUAAUUUGUUCCGUUUAAAGUGACAAUUUACGGAAAUUGCUCCACAUUUCAAACCAUUUGUAUUAACAUUUCCUUUAUUUAUU